AAUGCAGUAAACUUGUGAAAAUUUGAUGCAAAUUUCUUUUAUUUUUAUAUAGUUCCGACCAAAUAUGACGCACAUAUUCUCGAAUGUUGUAGCAGACAUUUCGGAUGAUCUGAAGGACAGAUUUCCAUCUGGUUUUGACUUUCAUUCGAUGGUUAACAAAGUGUGUAAAGAUGCGGAUGUUAAAAUACAUUUUAACGAUACGGCUGGUUAUAAGCUUCAAGGAUUUUGGUUGUCGAUCGAGCACGCAUACAGUCUGUUAGCAACGGCACUGUUGGAGUAUGGCAAAAAUGAAAAACACUAUUUGGAUCAAAAUGAUCGCUGUGAUACAAAUAAAAAACAAAUUAAAAAGUUCGUUGAAGUAGUUGAAGAUACCAGAGAUAACAAAGGUGAAAGGUCAACCGAAUUUACAAAAGUGCUUGCCUGUAAUAAGUCGGAUGAUCUUUCCGAAACUCCACAAAAUGAUACUGCUGAAAAUGAAGGAAAACGAAAGUUACGACCAAAACGUAAACAAACCACACAGCCAAUAUUCCAUUCUGAUUCUGAUACAGAAGACGAACCAGCCUGCAUUGAUGCUUCUAACAGUGCAUCAUUUGAUAACGUGGCAUCUGAAAAACAAACCGAUGAAAAAAUAAACACGAAAAAAUGUCGAGGAAGACCCCGCAAAUAUCCACCAGGAUUUGUAAAAUCUAAAAUAUACCACAAGUACAGAACAAAAUUAAUUGGUUAUGUGAAGAAGAAAAAUAAAGAAAACACAAUUCACACGUCACAAAAGCGAAAACGAGGACGACCAAGAAAAACUGAGGAUGAUGUUGAAGGAGACUUUCCUUGUCAAGACUGUGAUCUUGUGGCAAAAAGUCGAAAUGCUUUGGGCGACCAUAGACACAGGGUUCACUUGUCUUGCCCAACCAAGUGUGAUAUUUGUUGUAAAGUUUUCCCGAACUUUCGCUAUAUGAAACGUCACAGGGCAUCACACGUUGAACCCCAACACUGCUGUGAUAUUUGUGGGAAAAUGUAUAAAAUAAAAAAAGCUAUGCUUGACCAUAAGAAGACCCACGACAAAAAUUAUGUCCGACCUUCCUUUGAUUGUCACCUGUGUUCGAAAAACUUCUGUAAUAGGUACAUACUAGACUGCCAUAUCAAAGCUGAACAUCUUGGUCAAAAAAAGAGCUAUCUUUGCUCAGUCUGUGGAAAGAGUUUCACUACAAGACACUCGUUGGCAGAACAUUCUAAUGCUCACACUGGGGCUAAACCACAUGUCUGUGAGAUGUGUGGAAAGGGGUUUACUUACGAAUCCGCACUGCGAGAUCAUAAGUUUACUCAUGCCAAUAAUAAGCAGUUCGUUUGCCAUCUAUGCAAUAAAUCAUUCAAUCAGCGAUCGGGAUUGAAAAUGCAUCUAAGAAUUCACGCUGACGUGAAGAAAUUCGUUUGUUCUGAGUGUGGGAGGUCGUUCACACAAAAACAAGCCCUCCAGCGACAUUUCCGUGUACACAAAGGAGAAAAGCCAUUUAUUUGCAAACUGUGCAGUCGAUCUUUCACAGAUGCAUCAAUUAUUCGGAGGCACUUGAUUCUAGUGCACAAAAUUAACAAGGAUGCCAAGUCUUGGAGAGAAGAUAUUAUAUGUCAGGUUAAAGCUGCUUUAAAUUACCAUGUAGAGAAAAUUAGCCAAAACGUGGAUGAAAAUGAAACACAGACUCAGGAGGCUAAUUCAUCAGAUGAUGCUAAGCAGAUUGCCGAAAAACAGCCCGAGCCAUCCAGUGAAAAAGCUAACGAAGCCGAUCUGCACCAGCCCCCGUCUUUAGACACACAACCGAGUGUGAAAUUUUACGAAUAUCAAACCCAAAAUGAACACUUGGAAAGUUUUGAUUCAGACCGUCAUUCGACUGAUCACCCAAGGCUAGAGAAUAGUGAGAACCAGCAUGUGUCGCAGGACGCACACUUCCUUGAUGCACGAAAGCACUGGUUCGAUAAUUCGGAGAAACCGCUUGAGCACGGAAGUCAACCUAGAGUGAUUUCAGACAGACAGAGUACAUGCACAGUACAGUCAGAUGGUAAUUCUGAUGGUCAAAACCAUCUGUAUCAUGCAAGUCAAGGUCGGGGUCAUACCCACGACCAGCAACCUGAAGGAUUUAAUUUUAAAAGUGAAAGUCCUAAUCCAGAUGUAUAUGCCCAUCGUCCGUUACAAAGAGAUUCGAGAUAUUCAGGGAUUCCGCAUUCCCAGAACGUCGCUGGUAACCGCACCGACCAGGCAAGCAGUGGCUCUGGGUCGCAGGCGUGGCCGAUGUAUGCAUACUACAGUCACCUUGCCAGCCAGUUUGGGAUGAACCUGAAUGAUUACACGUACAUAAACUCACAUGGAAAUCCUCAUCAGUAGCUUAGUAAAUAAUAUACCGUUCCACAUGUACACGUACAGAACCCAUAAUUAAUUAUCGCAUAACGUAUCACCUGUUUUGUAUUUGUUGUAAAGCCUCCCAAUUUUUUUGUUUGGCGUUUUUCUUUUGGCGGGUGUGUGUUCUUUUCUUUUCUUUUUAUGGGGGGGGGGGGGGGGUUGUCCCAAAAAGAUAUUUAAACGAGAAAAAACCCCGAAUUUCGAUGACGUCUAUUCACAUUUCAAUUACUACCAGUUACGUAGGGUUUAAAUAAACGAAUAACGACGCAUUUUUACGGCGCAGGAAUUUUGACAGAGGUAGUCUUAGACUGGCGAACGAAGUUUAUUGAGGGGGUCGAGUUAUGAUCCCCCAAAAUAUAUAUUGAAUGUUUGUUGGGGGUUUUUUUCAACUUGAGCAGAAGAACGUUUUGACCGAAGAAACCCACCCCUGAAAACGUGCGUGGGGUUGCACUGCAAGAAAAAUAACUCUUCUCUACGCUUGCUAUAUGAUAUAUUACAUGCAUACGUUGUUGUUUUUUGUCUUGGUAGUUUUAUUUUUAAAAAGAUAUUCGGGGGGUUGGGGUGGGGGGUAGUUAUGAACAAAAUGGAGUAAUAAUGUGGGCCGGAUUCCACAAGCAUGUAUUGGUCCUCUACCUAGUAUAGGUUUCAUUUCCGUCCUGUCUGUCCCACAAAUAGUUUUACGUUCUUUCUUUUUUUUCCCAAAAUGCCGUGAGAUAUUAGGUGAAAUUUGUGUAUAGCUUCAUUAUGUACCGUUACAGAUCGAGUUUGACUUUUAUGGCGAUUUACACAUUUUACACAUUUUCCACUUGAACUUAUGAUACUUUUCGCAGUGUCUCAAGAUAUUGAGUUGAAAAUUUAGUGUAUAUCUUUAUCAUGUACUGUUACAGAUUAGCUUCGACUUUCAUGGUAAUUUACUUAUUUGAAGUCAAAAAAUGCUAGUUAAACUGGCACAUAUAUUAUUUCUUUUACAUUUAUGACAAUGUUUCUUCCAAGAUCAGCAACAGGAAAAUAAAUAUUAUGAAGAUAUAUAUUUUAUAGAUGUGUGCAAAUAAUUUUACUUAUUUUUUUUUUAUCUCCACGUUUCAUUUGCCCUUCAAAAUAUACUCUCCCCAGAAAAUUAAAUUACACAAUAUAUUUUUAAAAUACAAUUACACUGGCGUAGGAAGUGUGUGUGUGAUGGGGGGUGGGGGGGUGGUGGCAUGUGCACCCCCCCCCCCCCCUCAGAUAUUUUGCUUUAUAACAGUGUAAGUGUGUAAAUAUAAGUGUGCCCCCCACGUUUUGGCACCUUCCUACGCCGCUGAGCGAAUUGCAGUUUGAUACUAGCUUUUGUUCAAUUUAUGGAACCGACAUUUUGGGUGGUUUUGGCAGGCAUUUGCAUAUUUUAUUAAUACUGUUCAAACAACUCCACAUUACAGUUGGAAAAACUAUUUAUGAAUUUUGGUGGGGGUACAACUUGCUGAAAAAUGUUACAUCAUGGUCAUUUAUUGUUUGAAAGGCAGAUUGCACUUUUCAACACCCAUAAUAUAAUUUAAAACCGUAUUUUUGUGUGCUGUAAACUGUUUGUAAUCACUAAAAUAUAUUGUUUUGAAAGUUUAAAAAAAAAAAAUUGUAUCCUAUAUUACUUGCUAUAAUUUAUAUCAGAAUUUUAUUUUUUAAAACUAAUUUGUAAAUAUUUUGUAAUAAAACAUUGAGAAUAAAGCUGA